AUGGCCGAGCUCCCAUCGACCGUGCACCUCACCUCGCCCCCGAUCUACCUGAGGAUCCGUGGGCCCUCGGUGUAUGAGGAUGAGAACCAGCGCACAUGGCUGCAUCUCGUCAUGGACACAGGAGGUGACCUGCAAGUUCGGUUGUGCCUGGUCGACUACCCCAGUGGGCGUAUCGCACUCACCACCAGCCCGCUGACCUCGAGCACCAUGCUUUCAUGGUGGACGCUCCACCUUGGCAGCCAGUACCUGGACACCAUGGGCCGGUUCUGGCGCAUCGUGCACCACGUCAAGGAGAAUGGCGUAGAGGAAAUGAUCCUUGAGCUGAUGGAAGACUCCUAG